AUGAAUUGAUGAUGAUUACCAUUCAAAGAAUACGCAAUUUUCACGAAAAUGGAAAAAGUCGAACGAGACAAGGAGCAGAUAAAAGUGGUGGCUGAUGAGGCAGCCGGCAGCCGCAAAGCCAACGAAGAUAGACUGAGCCACCCCAUAAUUUCAACUAUGGAGCCUCUCACCCACGAAGCUUACGGCGGUGGAAUGUACGGCAAAGAUGACGAUAAGCCACCACCCAAAAAUCCAAGGCAACCACCGGCAAGUGAAACCCAAAGCGCCGAUGGACCUUCAGAUACAACUCCGGUGGUACUUAAACAUAAACCACCUCCGUCUUCCGGCGAUAGGGAUAUUGACAUCACCGGCCAAUCUUACAUCCAGUAAUCUAUCAAGAAAUAUUUUAAAUUAGUUACUGUUUUAUGCAAUCUAUAUAUAGACAUUAUCUCCGGUAUUAUUUUAUCUUGUAGAUGUAUAUUGUCCUGUAAACAUAGAAAUCUUAUGUAUUACUAUAAAUAAUAAUAUGCACGAGCUUUGGCUUUUGAUU